AUGUUUUGGGCAACUUUGGAGCUGUUGAGCAACUACUUGCCCGAGAUCGGACUAACUGGUGUUUACGCAGUUGCUAUAUUGACCUUCAUUGGAUUUUGUUCCGAUCGAAUACGGCAAAGGAAGAACCAACAAAACGCCAUUGACUCCGAUUAUCAAAUUGGAAGGCGUCUUGGAUUGUUUGAAAGCACGAUUGAUGACCUUCAUAGCUAUGGUGGAGGUUUGCAAUCUGUUGUUCUUUUGCUGAAGUCCAAAGUCUCUCUUCAACAGACCAUUGUUCGGCAAACAUUGGAACGUUUGCCAAGGAAACACACCAUUCUUCGUAUGCGAGUCAGAGAAGUUGCUGUGCACGGGAGAACGAAGGCAGUGAAAUGUUUUAUUGAGAUGGAUGAACCGUAUGCUAUAGAUUUCUACAUCAAAAGUAAACAGGCUCGUAAUUGGGAAUCGUCUUUUGAAAAGGAACUCUCGACUCCAUUCCAGACCUCUGACGGUCCUUUGUGGAGAGCACGAUUGUUCAAGGAGGAAUAUGAUGCAAAAGAGAGGUGUUUCUUGAACACCUUGCUGUUUUCAGUUCAUCAGCUCAUCGCAGACGAUACUGCUUUGUUGAAUCUUUGUGGAGAUUUCUUAGAUUUCUUGAACAUGGAGAGUGGCAAGGUUGACAAUGACAUCAAAACAACAAGUGUUCCUCUAUACCCACCUAUUUCUGAUCUUUUAAAGCAUCACAUUACCUUAACUCAACUGGAUAAAGUUUUGCUUUCUCUUAAGCCCAUAUUCACUCGACUGUUGUAUAAGAUAGUUGGAAAGCCAAGGAAUCAGUUCACCGCAGUGAUUCCACCAACUAGCUUAUGUGAUCCAACCAUUUUAAGGAAAACUUGUAUUCUGCCAAGAAAUUUACCCAAAUGUUCCAUUUCUGAGCUGGUAGAGAAAUGUAAAGAGAACAAAUGUACUGUACAUGGAAUGCUUACAGCUGCAGCAAGUGUUGCCAUAGCAACCAUGUUACAGAAUGGUGACCUGCGAAUACCAAUGUCUAUUCCUUUGAGUUUUAGUGUGAAUGUGAGACAGGAAUGCCAGCCACCAAUAUCAAGCAAAGAUAUGGGUUGUUUUACAUUAGACUGUGGGCUUAAAAUCCUUGUGCCAGUUCUGCAAGACAUACAUGAGCAUUUUUGGAAAUUUGCACAGAAAUGUACUCAACAGGUACGGCAAGCAGUUGCAAGCGGAAAACACCAUGCAUAUUUGAAGGAACUUCAUUUAUUGGACAUUGACUUUGCCAAAAAAAUGUACAAAGUCUCUAAAAACAAGAAAACAGCAGGUCGUUUGAAUAGGCUAUGCCAUGUUUCUAAUCUUGGAAAACAAACCUUUGGAAAAGAAGGUGAAACGAAGGCUUAUGAGUGUAAUGGAGUGUAUUUUGCUGGUGCAGGGCAUAAUUUUGGCCCUGUGUUUAGCAACAACUUAGUGACCAUUGAUGGUCAAUUGUUUUGGAGUAUUAUAUAUUACAGUAAUGUUGUCACUCAGGACGUGGCCACUGAAUAUGCUGAACUUGUUUUCAAGACUCUAAAAGCUUUUGUAUAAAUACAAGCAGUUAUCGCUGCUGUAAGGUGGUAAUUUACUGUAGGUUCACAUAGAUAAACCCUUUCACUUACAAGCUCUAUACAGUGGGUAAUUUUUUUGCACCAUCUGCCAGAGAUUUCCUACAAUUUAAGCUCUUAGUAUUAAGUGUUUAAAUCCCAGAAAUAUCCUUUGGCUGAUAAUUUUUUCUGUCUUGUCAUCAUAUUUCUGCUUGAAGUAAAUGAAUAUUGUAAGGAUAAAUUCCCUUCUGGUCACUCCUGGUAAUGAAAGGGUUAAGCUAAUGAAUGUGAAAAAAAUGCAGACUUGUGAAAAACUACCAUGCAUAAAAUCAAGUAUUGGAUAAGUUUCUAAAGUAUAUGUUUUACCAAGCCCACAUGGCAGCCAGACAUGUCCCUCAAAUCAGCUACAGUAUUGUUCAGCUGAACCUGUAGUAUCAGGUGACAAUUUAAAAUAAGUAGUGAGACAUGCUUUUUUUGUAAACCAAGAAGCAAUUUUAUGCCUUAAAAAACACAGCUUAAAGCUAUUGCACUUCUGUUUGUACAUGUAACCCAAAGUUCCCAUGAUCUGAGGGUAUUUUCAAGGAGAGAGCAUUGUAAGUUGAAAUGCAGAAAUCAACAAUUUAAAGCUAGCCCACUCUACAAUUUAAAAUAGCAUAGAACACUAUUAAAUUACACAACAAGAAGUUCCAAAUAUUUCAGGUUCUCCCAGGGCUUGAGUUAAUAAAAUAUGUUACUGUUCAACAAGUUAAUUUGUAACAAAGAAUAGAUUGUAUUAUUUUAUAAUUUUACAGACAAUCUGAGUGUUUUAGUUUUUAAUCUUCUAAGUCCAUUUUAAGUUGCAGUGCAAUACUUGAACUAACCCUGUAACUCCCAUGAAUGACCAAGACAGAUUUUCUCCUUACCACAUCAAUACAAUAUCAAGUAGACGAGUGAUGAGAAUAAAGAAAAAUAUUAAUUAUGGGAUUACUAAUUGAUCCGAUACCAAAUUCUCCAGCUAACAUGAUGAGAAUCAUUUGGCAGACAGUAAGGAGAAUUACCAAUGAGAUCUAGGGAGUUAAAGGGUUAAUGAUCAGUUAAGUAAUCAAACUUAAAUUGUGCUUCAAUUAACUUGGCAAAUUUUAAAGGUAACAGUAUUAUUUCUACCAGUCACUAAUUGUCAGUGAGUGAUGAAGGAUGCAAUAAGCGUGCUGUCAGUAAUAACUUGUAAUAUGUAAUGAAAUAGAUUGUUCAUUGUGGUAGCUGGAUAAAUUUGUUCUGAUGUCUCACACCGCCACAAAACUAGAAAUAAUAAUGACCUUAUUUUAGAAAAAAUUAAUUUAGAAUGCACCAAGCGCGCUUUUUUCUACAAAGGUGCAAAAAUUUUUAAUAAUUUUUAAUAAUUCUUAGAAUUUAUAACUGUUCGAUCUUUCGUUUAGUGAAACUAUUUUGUAAUAUUGUAAUUUGAUUUUUAUCUAUAUUUUAAAUCUUUUUUAUUUUUAUUUUUAUAUUUUUUUAAUUUUUUACAGGACCUGCAUUGAUAGCAGUUUUUUUUCUUAAAACUGAAGCAGCAGUCCUGCAUAAAUAUGUUUGUAUUAUUAUUAUUAUUAUUAUCUAGUGACUUUGUUGUGAGACAACAGAACAAAUUUAUAUUAUCAACUUAUAGUAUGUUUAACCAUUAUAUGUGACAAAGAUUUGGAAACAUAUUGAUAAAGAAAUUAGUUGAUGGAAUAGAAAACUGCAAUGUGUCCAUUUUAAUUCUAAAUCCAAAAUUGUUCUUAUGGUGCAAUAACAUCAAUUAUGCUGGGUAAGAGGUUGUUUAAAAAAAGACAAAAAUGAGAUUGCAACACUACUGCCACUUGAGGUAAGAAGUAUAAUGUAUUGCCCUCAUUCUGAUUCACUGCUAAAGAAAAAUCAAAAAAUCAAAAAUUGCAUUCUCUCCUUCCUUCCCCUCCCCUCCCCCCAGUAAUUCAAGUAAUUAAAUCUUGAAUUUGCAAAGCUUGCAUUCACAGGUUAACAAAAAUAAUAAUAAGUAAAAAAAAUAGUAUUAAAAAUGGUUUGUUCAGGGAGAGUUUCCAUGCUUCCCACACUUUCCAGAUUUCCAACUGUGUUUACUUGCGUCACUCUGCAUUGCUGACGUCAUUAGUGCAACUAGCAUCGCGAGAUUUAGCUAGACUCAAAAGUGCUAGAUAAAAAAAUAAGGCUUUUAGAAUGGGAAAUAGAGAGAAUAUCAGCAUCUGCACUACUCUCUUAUGGCUAAUAGCCUGUAGAUCUUUUAUGAAUGGACGCAGACUGUAUAAAUAUUUAUGUAAGGACAAACGAACACAAAAGAAUAUCUAAAGAUCCUGUAUCAUGGUUUUAGUUUUGUAAAAACUUUUAUUGUCUUCUUCUUUUACUGUCUUUAAUUAUUUAACAUCAUUGUUAUUCUGUUUUAUCGAUGCCGCCAGAGAAAAAAUCUUUGAAAAAAUUUCGUAAAAUUAUGCUCAGCUCCUGAAUGAAGUUUAACAAGAGAUGCAACUUUUGGAUAGCAAAUUUGAAGACAUUUUUGUCACAUCACACGGUGUUACUUCUCAAAUACGUAGAAAGCUUUCAUCCGAAAAAAAUUGAAUACCAAAUAGCGCUUCAUUUGUUCUGAAAAAAAAUAUAGAUAGAUAUCUACAUGAUCCAACAAAGGCCAGGUUCCAGAUAGUGAAGUAUAAAACGACUACUCAUUACGCUCACCGUUGUUUUCAGAACUUCAUCGACGUUUUUGCCUCGGUAAAGCGUAUUAAAAUACUCUCGAUGGCGGAUACACGCGAGGUAAAGCAUUUACAGCGCUUAAAAGCGUUGUACACAGCUGGGAGAUUCGUUCCAAAUGCUCUGGACCAGCAAGGACUAUGUCACAUACACCAUGCCGCUUAUCGUGGUUAUCUGGUGUGUGCAAAAUGGCUCAUUAAACGUGGAAGCAGCCUGACUGCCAGGUAAAAUAUUUCUUAGAUAAUCAAUCCGUUUAUUUUGCUUCAUAAAGUACCUGUUUUCAGGUAGACAGAAUAUUGGUCUUGUACGAAAGGCACUAUUGAUUUAAUUACUCUUUUUUAUUUACCAAAAUACUGUUUUGAUUUUUAUCCGUUUAAUCUGUCUUCAUAAGAUUGUAAGCCAGCAAUUUAGAAAUAGUUUUUAAACUGUAGAACUUCUCCGUGGUUUUGGAUUCUGGUCAUCCUUUUUCAUUUUAGACGAAUAAAAGUUUUGCUAAGUGCCUAAUUGCACGAAACUUUUAGUUUGGGCAACUCAGCGUUUGAGCCUCAACCUAAUCUUGGCAAAUGUCAACGAUAUCAAUUCAGACUUCUUAUUAUUGUUACGAGGUAGAUUUCUGUGUGGGUAUAAAUUAAAGAAAUGCUAAGAAAAUAGGCCUCAGAUGGGAAUAUAUACAUUAUUAUGAUGGAAUUGCCGAUACCUGCUUUCUUCAUUUUAAAGUAGUAGCUUCAAAGGGAAAAUUUUUUUUCGGUUUUGAAUUAGCAUGUUAUUUUUUCAACUUAACAGGGCUCCUAAUCAUAACCAUUUUUAUAUAAGUUUGAUGAGAAUGUACACAUCGCUGGUAAAGCUAGAUAGACCGGUUUCUAUCUUCAAUGCCCGCAACAGACUGUCCCUCAUUCAACUAGUAUUGAACGAUUUUUGGAUAACGUGAACCCGUUCUGCUUUCUCUACAUGAUAAAGGUCUGCAGAAGGCUCGGUACCAGCUCAUUACGCGGCCGCCGGGGGCCAUCUUGAAUGUCUCAAGUGGAUUCACCGAAAGGCUUCGAAAAGCAUCUCUUUAACGGUUCGUAAAAUUCAACUGAAAUGUUAACAGUUUUCAAUAAAAUUCUUUCCUUCUUAUUUUUUAAUGAUCAAUGAUUUCGAGUAGAUGAGGCAACGUACAGUUUUGAGGCUACAAAUGCGCUCGACAUUGACAAUGAUUACAUGUGCUAUUUAUCACAACAGGACAACAGUGGAGUUACACCACUUUAUUUUGCAGGUAAGAGGAAAGCUAGCAUAGUUCAAACGAUUAACGCUAAUACGGCCAUUUUACAGUUUUCAAAAGACAAGGGGGAAGGUGGCAGAGGAGAGGGAGGCAUAUCGGAAAGGGUGGGGGGGGUUUGGAGAAAACGAAUUAAAAAAGAAUAGGGCUUAACAUAUGAUUGUUUUCAUGAUCAUUUACCUAACUCUCCAUCACUCUAUUCAUCUAUCAAUUAAUUAAUUUACCAAUCUAUCAAUCUGUCAAUCUUCUAUCUGUCUAUCUACCUAUCUUUAUAUCUAGCCAUUUGUUCCUUUAUUAAUUCUUUCAUUAAUUCAUUAAUUCUUAUAGAGACUCAUUCAUUUAUUCACUCACUCACUCACUCGUUUAUUCAUUCAUUUUUUCUUUCAUUCAGUUAUACUCUCAUUUAUUAUCUCUCAGCCCAAGAAGGUCAUUUGAACUGCUUGGCGUGGCUCGCAAAGCACUCGGGAACAUUUCACCGAGAGAUGUCUGUGGAUGGUAUGACCGCUGUUCAUGCAGCAGCUCUUGAGGGUCAUUUAGGCUGCCUGGUGUUUCUACUAAGCUCUACUGGUUGUAGUGCGCUGGCACGGGACAGGACUGCCAACACACCUUUGCAUUAUGGUAUCAUUCUGAUACUCUAUAAUAAAAUUAUAGAUAAGUCACCAAUUCUAUGAUAACAGUUUAUGUAAGAUUCCUUUCUCCUACACAGUAAUAAAAGUUACAUACGCGGACAACCUUACUUUACAAUUUGUUUUCUAAUGUGCCUGUUAUGUCGGUGUCAUACGUUUCUGAUAGCAUUUUUCCAGGGAUGUUUACCACCAAGCACGAACUUGUGUGUUAAACCCAGUCCUCUAGCCUAGCGUCUAUACAUUUCAAACAAGGACUGUUUCUAUGAAAAGGCCAAAAGGACCUCUGCCUUUUUAAAUGUUUUCACAGUCAAAGCAUCUUCUAUUUUCUUUCUCUAUUCAGCGGCAGCCUGUGGCCGCCGUUCCUGCGUCGAGUGGCUCCUGGGUAACAUUAGCAGUGUAGGUAAUGAGAGAAAUAAACUUGGCUCCAGUCCCUUACAUGUAGCUGCACAAAACGGUCAUCUAGAGGUGGUAAAACUCCUUGUUCGAGCGUGAGUAUUUUUUCGUUGCUCAUCAUUUUUAUUUUAUCAUUUUUGUUGUAAAGUGGACAGUCUUAAUUCGACUUCCCUGUUACAUGGUCUCCCCAUCAAUAGGACUUCACGGUCGGCAGAUAUUUUCCCGUCCAACCUGACCGAAGUCGCAUGUUUCGUUAGAUAAUCUAUCUCUAUGCCGAUCGAUAGUUAGCCGUUUAGUGAUUGACAGCCGGUUGGUAGUAAGUCCACAGUCAGCCGAUUGUCAGCCUGUGGUCAGCCAAUGAUCGACCGACACACGACCGAUAAUGAAACGAUUAUAUCCUUAUGAUCGGCUGAUUCCUCGCCAUCUCGAUCGAAUGUGAUAAAAUUGUGAGUCAAUUGGCAACCGACUGCUGACUGACCAUCAACCCGCAUAUCGUUCGACUAUCAGUAGAUAUAUUAACGAUGAUAGCCAUUGAUAAUGCCUAUAAUCAGUCUCCAAUAUCCACAUGAACAUUUGUAUAAGCACACCGUUUUCAAUGUCUUUGUGUUACACAGAGGUGCGGCAAUCAAACUUCGGGACAGACUGGGCAGAACCCCAUUCGACGUGGCUAUCGAAAGUGGAAAUGGAGCAUGCGCAAACUUAUUAUAUAAGGUAUUAAGCUACAAUUUACCACGACCGUCGUAUAAGAUUGAAGUCCAGUACAUAUAAAACUUUGAAUCCUUUCUAUACGUUUAAAGACUAAAGAAAUCCAUGAGUAACGUCGGCUAAUCUAUAUUCUGAAACUAGCGUGAGCGACAAAUUAUCACAAUUAUAUCUAAGCGAUUCAAAAUAACCUGUUCCAGGCAUUCAUUUAGCAAAACAGAGAGAAAUAGCAAUCAGCGUGAUAGUAGCGGAAGAGUGAAAAAGGGAGAGCGGGUUAGGUCAGGUCAGGUGAAGAGCGCAACACGACCCCAAACCUCCCUCGGUUUUUCAUUCCUCCGCUUCUACUGCGUUGUUUACUAUCCCGUACCCAGACCUUCCACCGCUAAGCAGUUGCAAGCGGUUCUGCUAUUUUAUUUCAGUUACACGGUAGGAUCUGGGUUCGAGAUUAGGAACAGGCUAAAUUCAAAGGGACUUUUGUACCGUUUCCUCCAAUCUUCCUGCCCGAGACAUGUUGGAAACAUAGUCAGGGGUGGCUUUUUUCGCCACUGUUCUCAAUACGGACGCAUAAAGCCAUUCUCGUUUAAAGAAAACUUUUAUCUCACCACAUCUGCGACUGUCUGGAAUCUUGUAAUAAUAUAGUGAAACUAACGAUAGAUGAUAUGACAAGCGCGCUUCGGGUUACUUUUUUCCGUUCCAAAAAAAAUCCAGCAAAAUAUUCCAUUUAAUAAGAUGAGGUAAGAGCAAACCCUCGCUUGAAUCUCAGUGAUGUUAGCUUGUGAACAUAUUCUCAUUGUUAGAGCUUCGGCACAAACGCUUCCACGUGAAAUUAUGAGGCCUUAAACAAAGCAAGCCGGCAAAUGGUCUCUAAGAGGCUUAGCACUGAUUAAAAUUAUUUUCACUAUCAGAACCCCAGCAAACCUCUCCCCGACUCGUCUCGACCUUUCCGUGGGAAAAGAAACACGCGUCCUGCAGCGCUAAUAAUAAGGGCAUAUUCGCAGGCUAAUCUUAUGUUUGACUUGAUUCAUAAUUUUGAUUGCUCUUCUUUCUAGGCCGAGACCUUCAGCAUUCAAGGUAUGAAUGGCUUAAUUUCUGGACACCACAGCCUCAAACGAGUUCGCUUUGAGAGAAAAGCGAUCGAACGUGACCGUCGUUCCGAACAAGCUUCGACUCAUCAACAAUCACAGCAACUUUCUCCCGAUCACAAAUUAUUAGGAAGAGGAAAUACAAUACAAAACCAACAUUUAUUAUACAAGAAUAGCGUCGAUGCCAUUUCAAUGAAUCAUUAUAGCAAUCUAAGAAUGGAAAGUGACGGGAGCAAAUCCCCCAAAGGGGUUGCUCCUACGGAUCAGAGAUACGCCGGUCGGCUAUCUCGGGGACUCGACCCUUCUUCCGAAGACUUGCAUGUUAAAAGUCACGCAACAAGAAGCAGCUUAAUACCUUGGUCACGUGUUUACCAAAUGACGCAAUCAACGGAGUUAUUACCUAAUCAUCAUCAAUCAAAGGUUUAUUCUUCUUAUUCCCUCUCGGACGCAAGUGGCCGGGAUGAUUCGUCUCCUGAGCGACAAUUUACCAGUUCGCAACAUUACGUGGUAAGUUUAAGGGGUGACUAACUGUUUUUGCCCUUCCUCGAUGUUAGGACACUCAUAGGCGGCUGGCUGCUUCAAGAUUUCAAAGGUUGCAUUUGUAGGAUCCGAAUGGCAAUGAAAGUCGUUGAAAAGUUGGCAAUUCAUGACAAGUUUACUUCAGGUUAAAGGCAAUGAGACACGCAGUAGUGUUUUGGUUUCAAUGACUAUACCCCUCCCAAACGACUAUGAGCCAUAAAGAUGAGUUAUUAUAUAUUAAUAUUCCUUUUUCGGGCAUUGUUGGGCAUGUUUGCGGGCUUAAAUGGAGAACUUGGCAGGCUAAAAUGUAUUUUAUCUUUCAAAUGUAUUUAUAUAUUCAGUAUUUUAUAUCUCACCGAACGCCCAAACAUACCUUUACAAUAAAAAAAUUAUAGUAUUUUGUAUGACUUUCCGAUUACCACAUGAACAAUGCCCUAAAAUAUUGCCACUUGUAUGAAAUCAUUUCUUUAAUUUUAUUUGAUUGGUUCUUUGUAGAAAUACGAGCUACCUUUCCUUACUUUACGCGGAAUCCGCGCCAAUAUACCUAAAAGGCAUUUUCAGAAGUUUUGGAAAAAAUAGCGGGAGCCUUUCAAAAAUGCCCCGAACCAUUGGUACCGAAAUAGGGCCAAACUAACUUAAACAAAAUUACUUUUUCUGUUAAUUAAUUGAAUCUCAUCGCAGGUGACAAACUAUGAAGAUGUUUCCUCGGAGAAACGAAGCACAUCUUUCUUCUCCAGAAUCGUUUCAUGGAGAAAAAACAAGGUAUUUAUUUUUUCAUUAGGAUUGAUCGCUGAGUUCGAUGACUUUUGCGUCUUUCCUAACUACGUAGAUGUAAGGAAAGGCUGCAGACUGUCAUGUGCUGCUUAGAAUGAUUAGGGAGAUUAAAGUGUCUGGCAAUUGGGAUGCGUCUUUGUCAUUCCUUUCUACGUCGCGAAGGUGGUCUCAGAAACGGCCUGGUCGUCUUCCUGUUUCACCAGCAAAUAUCGGGACCCAAACCAUCAAUUGAGAUUACUUAUCUCUUCAUGAGCACCUACGCCAAAGUCAUCUAUUGCAUAACUUGCACUGACUGCAGAAAGACAUUGCAAUGCAUUUGCUCAGGUACUGACAUUGAUUCUCAAAUUCUGUAGGACCUCUUUUCAGGAGACUUUGAUCGUUUUGACGACAUCGUUGAAACUGGUACAGAGGGAGAAAAUUUCAUUAAACGACUCUACAAAUUCUCAAAAAGGAAAGUGACAAGGUCAUCAAGCUUUGCGCUCGAGAGUUUGCCAGAUAAUGUUCUAAGAGAAAGAAGAAACAGCUUUGUGGUGUCAGGAAAUGACGAGUUUUUGUCUGGUAUUGUCAGCAACUCAGUUGGAGAUCCAUGUAAGCAAGAGGAAAAAGGUGAAAAACUUGUUCAGCAUACACAUAAGGAAGAAACCUCUACCAGUGAUGUGUAUCGUGCCAGAGGCAACUCCUCGAAAAAUGAGAAAACGUCGAGAGAUGCUAAAAAGACUCGCAAACGCCAUAAGGAAACCAUUCCGCGGGAAAACUCCCUGAUAUGGUGA